CCCAACUCCACGAUCAACACCCCGGAAGUGGAUUCGCCUCAUUUGUGUUAGCUUCAUCCCCACAAUCCCCGCGUCGGCGGCCUGAAUUUUCCCCCCAACCAAUCCCCCUCAGGGAUUAGAAGUAUUAUUACCAUGCUAGCGUGUUCCUGCAGAGUUCACCGAGUUUUUCGGUCUUCUUCUCUAGUCUUUGGACUCAGCUCGUCGCUAGUUGUUCUUUAUCUUCUUCCCGUCCGCAAGUCUCAUCUUGGCAAAGGCUUGAGUUGAGUCUAAGUGUCAAUAUUCAAGAUGGCGGACAACAAAUCGAUGGUCGAUAUCGAGAAAGAGGACGUCGGCGCGAGUGUUGCUCAGUAUGAAAAUGCACCCAUCACGGACGCAGAAAAGGCGGUGCGAUGGAAGCAAGACAAGCGCAUCGUGCCCUUAUCCGCGGGCAUCUAUUUCCUAUGCUAUUUGGAUCGGUCCAACAUAGGAAACGCCAAAAUCAUGAACGCAACGACGGGCGACGAUCUCAUGACGCAGACCGGCAUGACUAACUAUCAGUACACGAUCUCCCUGAUGAUCUUUCUCGUGGCAUACGGCUUGUUCGAGGUCCCGUCGAAUAUCCUGCUCAAGAAGCUACGACCUUCCCGGUGGAUUGCCUUCCUCAUGUUCUCGUGGGGAGCGUUGACCAUAGGGUUGGGCGGCGUUCAUACCUAUGCUAGCGUGACCGUCGUGCGGUUCUUGCUCGGUGUGUUCGAAGCUGGUCUCUUUCCCGGUUUGGUGUACUAUCUCACAUUCUGGUACAAGACCGAGGAGCGGAGUAUUCGCGUAGCUUUCAUCCUAGCCUCAGCAACCCUCGCAGGCGCGUUUGGUGGCGCGAUAGCCUACGGCAUCGGUCACAUGAACCGAGCCGGAGGACUCUCAGCUUGGCGUUGGCUCUUCAUCAUUGAGGGAAUACCAUCCUGUCUCUCCGCCUUCCUUGUCUGGUUCCUACUGCCGGACUACCCCGAAGACGCGAAGUGGUUGACUACCCAAGAGAGAGAUUUGGCGGUGCAGCGAUUACACAUCGAGGGAAGCAAAGGGCAUCAUAAGUCGAUGACAUGGGAAGACGCCAAGGCCACUCUCGUGGACUGGCGGCUUUGGGGCCAUUACAUCGUGUACUUCGGGAUCUCCACUCCCUUCAGUUCGCUAUCCCUAUUCACCCCCUCCAUCACGGCUGGUCUGGGCUACCAGGAUCUCCGCGCACAGCUUAUGACCGUCCCGCCCUAUGCCAUAGCCUACGUCGUCUCAAUCCUAACCUCCUGGUCAGCAGACCACUUCAACGCACGCGGUCUCCACUCCGCCGCCCUCGCCACAAUCGGCGCAAUCGGAUUCCUCGCCUCAGCCGUGCUCCCGGCAGACGCCUACGCCCCGCGCUACGGGUGUCUGAUCGUCGCCGCAUCAGGCGCAUUCGCCUGCAUCCCGCCGCUCCUCGGCUGGCUGUCCUCCAACAUCUUCAGCACCGCGUCCGUGGGCCUCGCCAUCGCGCUGAAUAUCGGGCUUGGAGGGGCCCCGGGCCAGAUCGUGGGCGUGUGGAUAUACAAGGCGGACGAGGCGAAGAGGGGCUAUCCGACGGGCCAUUGGACGAAUGCUGCGUUGUUGUUUUUGGUGGCCGUGGGGUGUGUGGGUUUGAGGCUUUAUUAUGCGGCGAGGAAUAGGAGGAUUUUGAGCGUGGGGGGUGAGGAGAUGAGGCUUUUUAAGUAUUGAGUAGAGGUUGUCGGUAUGUGUAUGCGCUUAUGAGUUGUUUCGGGGGUUUGAGAAUGUGGAGAUACCCAGGCUUAGUUAAAUGACAUUGAUUUUAAUAGGAAGCUUGAAUAGGUUGUUGG